AUUAGAGUAUAAUGACUGUUCCCUUUUCUAUCUCCUUUUUGUACCCUAACCAUUGAGCUCCUCAAGAAAGUUUGCUCGGCUCUUAACCAGGACUGGAAACGAUCAGAGAAAGAAGAGAAGUGAGAGAUGGGGAGAGGGAAAGUUGAGCUGAAGAGGAUAGAGAACAAAAUCAACAGGCAGGUCACAUUUGCGAAGAGAAGAAAUGGGCUUCUCAAGAAAGCUUAUGAGCUCUCUGUUCUCUGCGAUGCUGAGGUCGCCCUCAUCAUCUUCUCCAACCGGGGCAAGCUCUAUGAAUUCUGCAGCAGUUCUAGCAUGUCGAAAACAAUUGACAAGUACCAGAAGUGCAGCUAUGGUUCGCUUGAAACCAACCGCUCCAUCGAUGAGAUGCAGAACAGCUACCAGGAGUAUUUGAAGCUAAAAGCAAGAGUUGAGGUCCUCCAGCGGUCUCAGAGAAACCUCCUCGGGGAAGAUUUGGCUCCCCUAAACACAAAGGAGCUGGAGCAACUUGAGCACCAGUUAGAGAACUCUCUGAAGCAAAUCCGGUCUACAAAGACCCAAUUCAUGCUUGAUCAGCUUGCUCAUCUUCAGCACAAGGAACAAAUGCUGGUUGAAGCUAACAGAGAUUUAAGGAAGAAGUUGGAGGAGAGCAAUGCAAGGAUCCCUCUCCGGCUCGGAUGGGAAGCCGAGGAUCACAAUAGCAUCUCGUACAGCCGUCUUCCCUCACAGUCGCAGGGAUUGAUCUUCCAGCCCUUAGGGGGCAACCCGACAUCGCAAAUCGGGUACGAUCAUGCGGGUUCGAAUGAAGCGAAUGUUUCGGCUGCUGACCAACAUCCCAAUGGAUUCAUUCCUGGGUGGAUGCUCUGAAUCGUUUCGCAAGCGGGACUGCUCGGAAGAAGUAUCGUAUCGAAUAUAUUUUCCAGUUUUUUCGUUCUGAUAUAUGAUUCUUCCUCUAGAUGACCCGGACGACGAUCCAUCGUUUUCGGAUAAUAUCCAUGGCAAGGGACAUACCCAAGAAGGGAGGACAACAUGAAUCCAAUCUAGCUAAUUAUGUCGUAUAAGAAUAAAGAUCUGCUUCGUUAUGUCGCCAAUCUAGCUAACUAUAUUUGGAAUUCAUCUAUGUUAUUGAUGUAUGGAAUUCUUUUUUGA